CGGCGGCGGCCGUUCCCGGGCGGCGGGCGGGGCGGUUGGCGGCGGUUGGAGGCGUUGAGGGGAAGGGAGGGGAGGGGGGGACGCGGCGGCGAUGAUGGCGGCGGCGGCCGAGCUGGAGUCGUCGCUGGAGGUGAGCCUGCCGGGCAGCGGCAGCCUGCCCCCGGCGCGCUCCCGCAUCUUCAAGAUCAUCGUCAUCGGCGACUCCAACGUGGGCAAGACGUGCCUCACCUACCGCUUCUGCGCCGGCCGCUUCCCGCAGCGCACCGAGGCCACCAUCGGCGUGGACUUCCGCGAGCGGGCCGUCACCAUCGACGGCGAGCGCAUCAAGAUCCAGCUAUGGGAUACGGCAGGCCAGGAGCGCUUCAGAAAGAGCAUGGUGCAGCACUAUUACAGGAACGUACACGCUGUCGUGUUUGUGUAUGAUAUGACAAACAUUGCCAGUUUUCACAGUCUGCCAUCAUGGAUAGAAGAAUGCAAACAACACCUCCUUGCCAACGAUAUACCACGGAUUCUUGUUGGAAAUAAAUGUGACCUGAGAAGUGCUAUUCAGGUACCUACGGACUUGGCCCAGAAGUUUGCUGAUACUCACAGUAUGCCGUUAUUUGAAACCUCUGCCAAAAACCCCAAUGACAAUGACCAUGUGGAGGCCAUAUUUAUGACGCUGGCUCACAAGCUUAAAAGUCACAAGCCAUUAAUGCUUAGUCAACCCCCAGAUCGUGAUCAAAUACAUAUAAAGCCUGAACCAAAACCUGCCAUGACCUGCUGGUGUUAAAUCUCGCUAUUUAUUAGCUCUCACCUUGUCUUGUUUGCAAAUGCUCCAAAAUUAUGAUCUUGACACAGAUCCAGGGUUUGGUAGCAAUUAUAGGAAAUCUUUUUGGCACUUUACUGUGUUUUUUUUUGUUGUUCUUUUGUUUGUUGUUUGUUUGUUUUUUUUUUUUUCUGGUGUAGAUGUGCCCGUCUCAUUUUCUUGCACUUUGUAGUCGUACUUUCUGAAUUACUGAAGUUUCACUAUAAAUAUACAGGAAUGUAAACUUUCAAGUGAAGUAUUGACAAAGCAAUUCUUCUUGAGCUCUUGCUGCCUGAGAUCGUUUUUGUCACUUGUGGUAAAGCUAUAUAUAGUAAGACAGUUUACUAACACUUCUGGUUGCUACUUGCAUUGGAAUAAUGUAGGAGGAAAAGUGUUUUGGGACAGCCGGAUAGCCUGAUUUUUUCAGGUCAGUGAGUGGAGAGAUGGGGAGAUUUUUAAUGUCUGAAGGAAUAUUUGAUGACUGCUAGCAAGCUGAUAAGCAAAUACCUACUUAUUUAAAAAAUAAACAAGCAACAGGACUGUCAGAUAAAGUCUGGGCUUCAGUGUAAGUGCAAACUGCUGGCUUUCAUGGCAUGUCAUUCCAUUGUAAACUUUGUCUGUUUCUUCAUGGCAGUGGUAAGAGAAUCGACAAACUUGUCCCUACCUCUAGACAAUUAACUGAUAACUUAAAAGUCCAUUAAUUUUUCAUAAUUAACGUGUAAGACUAAACUAUGCAUUCCUUCAUACAAAAAGUCCUUUAGCACAGGAUAUGGGGGAAAAUCUGGGACUAGAACUACCCACAGCCUCUCUGGCCUUACCAAAACUUCAAUAUUCAGUGAGGACUGACUUCUAAGGAUGCUGUGUUUGAGUUGUGUCCCAGUGUAACUGAAAACACUUAAGAAACUAAGAAAUGGAGUGAGGUUGCCAGAAGUGUAACGGUUUGCAAAGAUACAUGUUUCAGAGGAUGCUAGUGUUGAUGCUUUUCAACUGUCUUGAGAAAAACACCAUUUGACAAACCAACUUGAUAACAUUUUAAGGAUGAAAAUGCUUAGGACAGAAUGUUACUUCUCAUGCCCGUUUUGAUGUACAAAGUUGUGCCUUAUUUAUUGAAAAUGUCAAGGCCACCAUAGUCUAAUAAUCUGUAUUGUUCUGUGCUAGAAUAUGUGAAGGCUUCUGUGCAAAGGAACUACCAGCUUCCGUAACUGAAGGUCGAUUUGCUUGCAUAAUGGUAAGACAGUAUCAUCCAUUUAAAGAGUAGGGAAUAUGGGUUUUACUUUAAAUACGUAUCAAUGCAAAAUAAAUUAGAUUCUGAAAUACAGAGAAAGUCUGCCAAAUCUGUUACAGAUUUUUGGCUCAUGUCAUGGCUGUAAGUUGGGCAUCCGUGGCAUUACUAAUGUGAGUUAGUAAUUGCUCUUCUAGACCCAUUUUCUUCUGUGUUCUCAUAAUUGCAGCCAUUUCAUUCAGUUCUUUUCUGUGAAGGUCAAGUUUCAUAGCAAAAAUGGUGCUAGGUUGCACACAGCUACAUAAUGUGAAGUGUAAUCCAUAGAAUUCAGUCUGUGACUUUGUAUGCCACGAUCAAACAAUAUUUUCUGACUUAAUUUUUAAAGGAAUUUAAGUAAAAACGAAGAUUUUUGAUUUGCAGUGUACUGGAAACUAAAUAUAAGCCCCAGUUUAGAAGUCACCAUCCUAAUGAUUAUUAGAAACAAAAUACUGAAGCAAGCUAACUUUUGAACUAUUAAAAUUACUAAGGUCUAAAUCCUAUUGCAAGUGUUUUAUAGAUAAAGGGAAAAAUGCAUUGACUUUUUUUUUCUUCACACUUAGAAAUAGCAUUAAAUUUGGCCUAAUAUGUUUAGGAUGCUUAAAAAUAAUCUAAACAAAAUAUAAUAUUUUUUCCAUAUAAAGCUGCUACAACUAUGACAGUAAUUUUGUUUAUGCAACAGUUGUUAAAGGGAAUUUUUGUAUUCACUCUGAACCUUUUAUGACUAGAAUUUUGAUUUACAGUCCUUUCAGAAACAAUCAGCUUUUUAACAUGAGUUUCCUUAAUAUUUUUCUUUUUUUUAAAAAAGGAUUGAUCUUACACUUAUGUGUAUAAUAUUAUAAAUAAACAUGGUUUACAGUCCUCUUGGACAAUUUAUUUUUCACUCACAUUCUUACUCAUUUUUCUCAAAAGUAUCAAUCUUAACUAUUUGUAUAGUACUAAGUAUGUCAGCAAACUUUUUUUUUUUUCUAAUAAAAAACAGAAUGAAGAAUUCCAAAGUCAGUCAGUCAGUCAGGUUGGGAGCUGAGGUAAGGAAAUUAUGUAGGUACAGUGUUAAUGUUAAAUUUGAUAUCAGACAUCUGCAAAUCUGUUAAGCUUUGAGUUAUUCGCAACCUGUAAAUAAGAGCCCUCAUGUCAUUAAAAUUGUGUAAAGAAAAUGUUUUAACUAUGUAAUCUUGUCUUCAGCGCAUAGCAUGUUUUAACGGUUCUGCCAUAAAGGUAAUGUGGUCAUUGAUUCAGGAUUCAGUGUGCUUCCUGGCUUUCAGUAGUAAUGUUCUGCCCACAGAAUCGAUGUCAAAAGUACCGACUACUUUGUAUACAUAUUUUCACCUUACCAAAUUGUAAAGUUGGGUUAUUUUGUAUGUGUUGGGGAGGGUAAGACACAAUCCCAGAAACCUAAUAAACUGGCUUUGCCACAAACUGUUAUCACUUCUUUUCAGUAAUUGUUCUAGGAAUUAUGAUACCAAUUCUUACAGUAAAAUCCACAAUAAACUGUGAUAAGCAAGGGA